AUGAAGAAGGAAAGAAACAAAAGAUUUACAGAAAGAAGGAUUCGCCGGUUUGAUCCAGAAGCCGGAGACUUACUUACGCAGGUCAAUUCGUUUGAAAUAAGGCAUGGAAGCAUUAAUGGUGGUGAUUUAUACACAUACAUCAACUUCAUUGGACAUGGUUCUGCUGUUGGGCAGAUCCUGUGUGUGUGCUCAAGUCUUGGUUUGGUUAAGUCUAGGGUUCAACUUGGAUAUAUAAGAUGGAUAAGUUUUGAGCAAAUGCAUGCAUGCCGCGUCUACGACGGACAGCCAGCGAUGGCCAAAAUCAGAUCAUUCGUUUCACCAAUUCCAAAGUGGCCUGUGUUGCCUCUGUAUAAUGAUUAA